AUGGUAUAUUUGCAAGAAAGCGCGUCAUUAUUGCGCAAUCAGAUAUUCUAUUCUGUUAUAGGUAAAAGUUCACUGGGUAAUACGUUGGCUGGAAACACAGCUUUUGAAACUGGUAAUGCGGCAUCGUCUAUAACUAGAGAAUGCAACUGUAAGAAGUUUACGUAUGCUAAAGGUAAAAAAAGCAUAGUAGUCGUCGAUACACCUGGUUUUUUUGAUACCAGCAGUGGUAAUCUAUUCGAAGAAAAUCAUCUUGAGAUUCACCGUUCAUUAGAAUUAUGCGGGAACGCUCCGCAUGCAUUCUUAAUUGUUUUGCAAUGUGAUACACGUUUCACACAGGACGAGAAAAAAGCGAUCGAUCGUAUUGACGAAAUAUUUCCUGGUUACAUGAGAUAUGCCAUAGUUAUAUUUACUCAUAUUGAUCAAUUAAAUAAAAACCAAACAUUGAAUGAUUAUUUAAAUCCAAAUUCAAAUAAUAGAAAUCAAGAUUUGCAUGAACUAAUUAAUACCUGUGGCGAUCGUUAUUUUGGUGUUAAUAAUAGAAAGACUAACAAAAGAUAUCGGCUAAAGGUUCUGAAAGAUAUAACUGAGCAAAUUGAAAGAAUGUUACAAAUUGCUAAUGCCGAACAUUACCGAAGUAAUAUUGUCGAAACUGUUCCUAUUCCAAAUCAAAAGAGCGUGGAACUGAGUCAACCAAGCAAUUCGAAUGACGAUGACGAUAAAUGA